ACUUGCCUGGACCAGAUCAGAGAGCUUCGUGUUCGCCUGUCCAAUUCUUGCCGUUCCCCUGUGUAUCCAUCUCCUUUUCUCAGUAAGAUCCGUUCUGCUGUGACAGUCACUGCCCAAAAUGCACUUUGAAUGGGUUAAACAAGCCGCGGGCUUCCUCUCGCCCGUCUUUGCCAACCAGCUGGCUGAUACGGAGGCCUUCGAUGGCAGCAUCAAUGCUGUCAAGCAGGUUGCCAUCAUUGGUGCUGGCGCUGCGGGUGCCUCGACGGCAUAUCACUUGCAUAAGUUCGCAGCCGCGGAGGGCAUCGAGCUCAAUGUGACCAUCUUUGAGAAGACGUCUCAUAUUGGCGGGCGGUCGCUUACGGUCAACGCCUACGAUGACCCGCUGCAGCCUGUUGAGCUUGGUGCCUCCAUCUUUGUCGAGGUCAACCACAUCCUCUGGAACGCCACAAACGACUUCAACCUCACCAGGGUUGACCCGGGCGCUGACGAGAAGGGCACCCUCGCCAUCUGGGAUGGCUACUCCUUCGUGUACGAGCAGGACUCGGACUCGUGGGGGUGGUGGAACCUCGCGAAGCUCUUCUGGAAGUACGGCACUGCCCCGUACUACACAGACAAGCUCGUCAAGCAGGUCAUCAACACCUUUCUGAAGCUCUACGAGAGGCCGUACUUCCCAUUCCGCUCCCUCUCUACCCGGGCAUUCGAGUUGGGCCUGACUGCCAUCACCGGUGUCACGGGUGAGCAGUUCCUGGCCCAGAACAAGCUGGGCGGUGCUUUCGCCCACGACAUCGUGCAGGCUGCAAGCCGAGUCAACUAUGCCUCCAACCUAGCCUACAUCCACGGCGUGGGAGCCAUGGUCUCAAUGGCUCCCGAGGGUGCUGUCUCUGUGCUAGGGGGUAACUGGCAGAUGUUUGCCCGCAUGGUCGAGAGUUCUCAGGCUCACGUCCAGCUCGACACUGCCGUGACCUCCAUCGCUGAGGUCAAGAGCAAGGAUCCCUUGGCACCGGCCUCGCGGUUCAGCAUCACGAGCUCGUCCAAGAGAGGUGGCUCCGAGGUCGUCACGAAGCACCCGUUUGCGUUUGACAACGUGGUCAUUGCCGCGCCCUACCAGUUCAGCGGCAUCAAGACCGAGGACAACCUGAUCCAGCACCCGAUCGACGAAAUCCCGUACGUCAAGCUGCACGUCACUCUUUUUGCCUCGCCCUUCCGCUUCAGCCCAGAGUUCUUCAACCUCCCCGCUGGCACGAAGACCCCGACAGCGGUGCUCACGACUCUCGCCGAGGGCGAGGAUCCCAAGUCGGGUUCCGAGGGUGCCGGCCAUUCGGGCUUCUACUCGGCCUCCCUCGUCAAGGUCGUGACGAAUCCCAAGACCGAGAACAAGGAGUUCGUCUACAAGAUCUUCUCGCCCGCGGCGGUGACGCCCGAGUUCCUGUCGAAGCUUCUUGGCGUCACGAUCCCCGAGACUUUCACCGGCGCUGUUCCCUCGUCCUCCGAGAACGCCAGCAGUGGUGAUGCCGAUGGCGAGAGCACCGUCGUCGAGCCGAUCUCUUGGUACCAUCCCGCCGUUUUCCACCCGUACCCGCAGAAGCUCCCCCGCGUCACCUUCCAGGACCCCAUCCUGCGCGACGGGCUGUACUACACUUCGGGCAUUGAGAGCUUCAUCUCGACCAUGGAGACGUCCGCGCUGAUGGGGAUGAACGUGGCGCGGCUGAUCGUGGACGACCUUGCGUCCUCGGCGCCGGUGGCAUCCAUCUCGGACGACGAGGACAUCGUCGUCGUAGAGGUGCCUGCCGCUGCUGUCGCGGAGGACACGAAGGUAGAGGAGGUCACCGAGGCGGUGCCUGCUACGUCCGAAAUAAGCCUCUCAGAGGAGACCGUUCCCAACGUAGAGCUGUAAAGAGUGUGCAAGAGGGUCUUUUUGGCAGCCAUGGGUAGAGCAGCACGCGGAUCUGCCUGGUUUUUGCGCUCCUUCAUUUCUGUGCGUGGUAAUACGGGACGAAGCCGGGGGGAAGUCAUGAGGUCAUAUCAAAAAGCGCUCAUUUGCAUCCAUUUUCUUUUUGUUUUUUUCUCUUCUGUUCUGUCGUCAGUUUCCUUGGUCUUCUUACGUAUAGUCUAGUAAUACCGCACAGCACGGGCACGCUCGCCACGAGAUUUUAUUAGCAUAUCCUCGUAUAAACGAGCUUCAAUUACAUCAUCCACCAUGUCCUCUCGAAAAAAGUCAAACAAAGAAAAAGG